UGUGAUAAUAUUGGUAAUAGUAUUUCUUUGUUACAAAUUUUUAACUGUAAAUAUAUUUAUCGCUUGUUUGUAGCAGUUCAAAAGUCGCCAGCAUGUGAGCGACGUUAUGAAACGUCCUUGGGUAUUCUUACUAAGCGAUUUGUUUCACUUCUUCGAAACUCAGUCAGUGGAAUCCUUGACCUUAAUCAGGCUGCUGAAUUACUUGAUGUUCAAAAAAGGAGAAUUUACGACAUAACAAAUGUUUUGGAGGGUAUUGGUGUUAUCGAAAAGAAUUCUAAAAAUAAUAUUAAAUGGGUUGGUGCAAAGCAUUUGGAAAAUCAAAAUGAUAAUAUUGCCGAUGUAGAAAAUCAAGAGGAAGCAAUCCUCGCGACUAAUUUAGUAGAUUUGCAUCAAGAUAUAGAGGAUUUAAAGCUGUCUGAAGCAAAACUUGAUGAACUCAUUCAGCAAUGUCAAAAUGAAAUGAAGCAAUGCAGUGGUGCUAAACAUUACAAUAAACAUUCAUAUGUUACUUACCAAGAUAUCCGUGGUAUUAAAGAUUUUAACAACAAAACUGUUAUUGCUAUUAAAGCUCCUCCAGAAACCAAGUUAGAAGUUCCUGAUCCUAAUGAGUCGAUUCAGAUUUGGUUAAAAAGUUCAAAUGGGCCCAUUGAUGUAUACUUAUGUCCAGAAAAUAAAGAGAAUGUACCACCUUCGAAUGAUAGGCUUGAUGAAUGUGCUUACUCGGAUUCUACAAGCUCCGUUUCUGAAUUUUCACCGUUCAAUAAUGAAAAUCUUUGUUCUCCGGGUAAUCUUAGUCAAAGUUCAGGAUAUUUUGAUGAAUGUCAGUUUUCAAGCUACGAUGCCAAUACAACACUUUCUUCGAUGAAUUGUGAUGCUCUCCACAUAAAUAAACUUGAUUCAGAGGACUUUAUUGCAUAUAAUGAAAGCUGUUACCAAAAUGAACUCUCUAUAUCUCCCCUUAUUUCCCUUGAGCCUAACUUCAAAGCUGAAGAUUAUCUUUUUUCUCUCGACUGUAACGAAGGUAUCAGUGACCUUUUUGAUGUAGACACGUUUUUAUAAAUUAUUUUUAUUAGCAUUAAAGACUAUUUAUAUUAUAUAUAUGUACAUAAAUCAUUCUUACUACGUCUAUAAAUCAUUCUUCUCUCUAAAAUUUUGUUUUAUAUUUAAACCAAGUAGAAAUUUUUUAUCAUAAAACUUGAUUCAAAUAUUUUUUUUACCUUAAAAACUGUUACAAAAAAUCUUUUAAUUAUGAAUCUUCUUUUUGUUUUAUUUACUCAUCCUAUAAAUACUUGAAUGUUUUUCCUGUAUAUAAGACGGUUUGCAUAUAUAUAUUACACAUUUACUUUUAUUUGUAAAAUAAAUUAUUUUAUAGUAUAAAUACUUAAUCAAUUAUCUAUUGUAAUAAAAGCUCCGCAAAGGAGAUAAAGCUAUAGUUUUAUGCGAUAUAUGAUUGUGUUAAGUCAAAUGAUAUAUAACUUAUUAAAUCUUAUUUAUUAAUCAAUUGUAUCUGUUAAUUUAUCUCAUGUAUCAAUUGUAAUAAAAUUUUA